CUAAAUUCCCGUUUGAACAAGAAAGAGCACCUCCGGUAUUGUUGGUAAAGCUCCUGCUCAAUGACCUAUCCUUUCCUUCCUCUGAACUUGGCAAAUAUUCCCUCUUUCUCUCUCUAAAAAUCCAAGAAAAAUGGCCCAUUCGUGCGUGGCCACGACUUCCUCUAUCUCUAAAUUCAACUUCUCUUCUGAUUCCUCUACUAUUCCUGAAGCUUACCCUAAUACCCUCCCCUUUAAGACCCUUCAGUUCAGGAAUUUAAAGGUGAAGAAUCGGGGAAAGAGUACAGUGAAGGCCGUGUACUCUGGAACCAACUGGGAUUCUGGAAUUACUUCACCAACUGGGAUUUGGUCUAUAAGAGAUGACUUGCAAGUGCCAUCAUCGCCCUAUUUUCCUGCUUAUGCCCAAGGUCAAGGACCACCUCCAAUGGUGCAAGAGCGGUUUAUGAGUGUGAUCAGCCAGCUCUUCCAAUAUAGGAUCAUACGAUGUGGUGGGGCAGUUGAUGAUGAUAUGGCAAAUAUUAUAGUUGCGCAGCUUCUCUAUCUUGACGCUGUUGAUCCAACAAAGGAUAUUGUCAUGUAUGUCAACUCUCCAGGAGGGUCAGUUACAGCAGGAAUGGCCAUUUUUGAUACCAUGCGGCAUAUUCGGCCUGAUGUCUCCACCGUUUGUGUUGGACUCGCUGCGAGUAUGGGGGCUUUUCUUCUUAGCGCUGGCACCAAAGGUAAGAGAUAUAGCCUGCCAAACUCGAGGAUAAUGAUUCACCAACCUCUUGGUGGUGCACAAGGCGGGCAAACUGAUAUAGACAUUCAGGCUAAUGAGAUGUUGCAUCACAAAGCAAAUCUGAAUGGGUACCUUGCCUACCAUACUGGUCAAAGCCUUGAGAAGAUCAACCAAGAUACUGAUCGUGAUUUUUUCAUGAGUGCAAAGGAAGCUAAAGAGUAUGGGCUUAUUGAUGGAGUCAUCUUGAACCCCAUGAAAGCCCUUCAACCAUUAGCAGCAGCUGCUGAACAAUAGUAGUUGAAUUUUAUCUCAAGAUGUCGAAUUUCUUCUUACACUUUGGCGAUGUUACUGGUAGACAUGGUUAGAGAGAUCACCAUUGAUUAGUAAGUUCUACAUUGAGCCUGUAUUGCAGCUGCAAAAAGCUAUUGUAUACGAAAUGUGAAACGCUUCAGAAAUCCUCUUCAUGUCUUUUUUUUCUGGGGAGGAGUUAUCUUUUCCCCUUGUUGUUUCUACGUCUGUGUUUAAUUUCGAGUUGUAUCUGUCUUCACAGCUUUCCCUAACAUUUGUCUGCAUGGUGUGUGUAUAAUAGACAUUCAUUCACGUGUUGAAGAUUA